AUGUCAACUCAAACAGGAUACGGGUACGACGCCCGUUUUAAAACGAUCCAAAAGUUUACCAAUCUCGCCAUCCCUCAACCGGGGCCAGAUGAACUCGUGUUGAAAAUCGAAGCAGCCGGGUUAUGUUUAUCUGACCCUCACACUUUGAUAGGCGGGCCCAUUGCGAGCAAGCCCCCCUUGCAAACAAGCACGAAAUUCGUGAUGGGCCAUGAAAUCGCAGGAAGCGUACACCAAGUCGGGUCGCAAUUGAUGGGGGAUCCUGCAUAUGCAACGGGCGCUCGGUUCGCGUUGCAGAUCAACCAUGCCUGCGGUGUAUGCAACAUGUGCCGAGCAGGGCUCGAUGGCAGUUGCCAAGGAUCGUACCAGGCGUACGGGUUGAAUGAAGACGGUGGGUUUCAACAGUUUUUGUUGAUUAAGAAUUUGCGCACCUUGUUGCCUAUCCCCGCGGGAGUCUCGUUUGAAGAAGCUGCCGUGUGCACUGAUUCCGUGUUGACUCCCUUCCACGCCAUUCAGAAGGUCAGGCAUAAGCUCCAGCCCACGACGAAAGUCCUCGUGCAGGGAUGCGGUGGGUUGGGGUUGAAUGGAAUCCAGAUCUUGCGAAAUUAUGGAUGCACUAUUGUCGCUACUGAUGUCAAGGACGGCGUCGACAAGAUUGCCCUUGAUUAUGGCGCUAGUGAGUUUCACCACGACUUGAGCAAAUCUGCUCAUGCUCUGCAAUCAUUCGAUGUCAUAUUCGACUUUGUUGGCGUACAAGCAACGGUCAACAACUCGGACAAGUACAUCAAAAGACGCGGAACUUUGCUCAUGGUGGGACUCGGCAAGUACAAAUUGGUGUUACCAAACUAUACUUUUGCCUAUAGGGAAAUCGAGGUCAUUUACAAUUUUGCGGGCAAUUCGAGCGAGCAGAUUGAGUGCAUGGAAUGGAUUGCAAAGGGUUUGAUCAAACCUAACGUUCAAAUUGUCGAUUUCCACAAGUUGCCGCAAGCGUUGGACGACUUGGUUAAUAAUAAAGUUAGAGGUAGGGUAGUAUUUAGGCCUAAUAAGCUAUGA